AGUUUUUUUUACAUCUCUGCAGCAGAAAGGUUUUUCGUCUCGGCUCGUAUGUGACCUUAACUGCGCUGGUGCCCCAAAAGUCUAAAAUAAAAGUGAAAAGUUGACCCUAUUAAACUUACCAAUCACAAUAAACUUAUUGACAUGCGGUAUUAGUUAUGCAAAAAUACCUUUCUUUGCUCAUCUGAAUAAGGAAUAAUCGAGACAAUGGUUUAUCCCGAAGAACCAUUUUGGGUUCUACCAACGGUCACUGGAUUUUACGAGGACAGAGAUUAUAGAGUGAAUGUGGUAGAAGCCCUACAAGAGUUUUGGCAGAUGAAGCAAUCUCGCGGAGCUGAACUAAAAAACGGAGCUCUUGUUAUUUACGAAUCGAUCCCAGCCAAUAGCCAGCCAUACAUUUGUUUCGUAACUCUGCCAGGAGGUAGUUGCUUUGGUAGCUUUCAGAACUGUCCAACAAAAGCGGAAGCCAGACGCAGUUCGGCCAAGAUUGCUCUGAUGAACUCGGUAUUCAAUGAACACCCUUCACGUCGAAUUAGUGACGAAUUUAUACAGAAAGCAGUACAGGAUGCCCGGACUUCGUUCAAAGGAACAACAUCCCAGGUCAACGAGGGCACGGAAUCUGGAAUCGGCGCCUUCCGAUUCAUGCUGGAAGCAAAUAAGGGUAGAACAAUGCUUGAGUUCCAAGAACUUAUGACUGUCUUCCAAUUGCUUCACUGGAAUGGAUCCCUCAAGGCAAUGCGCGAACGUCAUUGCUCCAGACAGGAAGUGGUGGCUCACUAUUCCAACCGCAGUCUUGAUGACGAGAUGCGCUCACAAAUGGCGUUGGACUGGAUUGCCAGGGAACACGACAGUCCCGGCGUUAUUCGCCGCGAAUUGGUGCUGGCCGAGAGAGAGCUGGAAACCUUUCGCAUGGCUGGACGAGAGCUGCGUUUUCCGAAGGAAAAGAAGGACAUACUUAUGAUAGCUCAUAACCAACUGGGCGGUAGUGCCCUCAGUUCGGCUUCCAUUGAUGAUUGAUCAAAAAUCAAAAAAUAUUUCAAAUAUGCGUUUACAAACUUUUUAGAUAAAUCAUAUAACUUCACUUUGAGUAAUGAUCAAUAUUUAUUUAAUUGGCAUACCAUAUGAUCUCCAUGAUGAAAAACAAGCGGAAUUUUUAUUUGAAAAAAUAUUACUCUUCCCACACAAACACUUCCAAAUUAUAACAAAUUAAUAUUUAAAAUCGUUAAAAAAUGUGAUUUUUAUAUCAUCUGCUACAAAAAUAAGACUAAAUCCAAUAAAAAUAAU